AUGAAUGGGGUGUUUCAUUCACAAUUGCGGAAAUUUCUGCUAGUCUUCUUUGAUGACAUUUUGGUGUACAACAGAACAUGGGAGGAACAUAUUACACGUCUUGAUACAAAUUUGGGUAUACUUAGCAAGGAGUCUCUAUACGCCAAGGAAUCCAAAUGUGACUUGGGUAUGACAGAGUUACUUUAUUUGGGUCACAUCAUCGGUCUUGAAGGAGUGCGUAUGGAACCCGAUAAGGUCAAGGCAAUUGUAGAAUGGCCUACACCUGUGAAUCUUACACAGCUUAGAGAGUUUUGGGGCUUAUGUGAUUUCUAUCGCAGUUUUGUUAAUGGAUAUUCACGACAUGCGGCUCCACUCACCGAUUUGACUAAGAAGGGAGCUUUUGUUUGGACUCCCGAAGCGCAUGAAUGCUUCGAGAUGUUCAAAUGA